AUGACGUGGGCUGUGACGGCUCACACUUGGCAUCCAGACUAGGGUUUUAGCUUCUUAAGAACAGCUGUCAAGGGUUUAAGAGGAGUUGCGAAUUCCAUUGUGGAACCCGGAAGCCGUAACAUCAUCGAAGAUUUCCCUGCAACAAUGGGAUUCUGGGGAAUCGAAGUGAAACCUGAAAAACCAUAUCCUUACCAUGCGGAUAAUGUGCCAGGGAAGCUUCAUGUAACCCAGGCAACCUUAGGCCUUGGCUCAUCAACAGAGAAAAGUAUUCUCCAAUGUUCUGCUGGACACAAAAAUCCAGUCUUUUUGUGCUCAUUGCUGCCAAAUAAGACUGAAUCAUGCCCUUUGAAUCUUGAGUUUGAUGAAGAUGAUUUAGUGGCUUUCUCAGUAAUUGGUCCUCGAAGUAUUCAUCUCUCUGGUUAUUUUGAGGCUGAUGAUGGGGAUGAACUUAGGGAUGACUAUGAGUAUGAUUCUUUUGGAGAGGAUAUCUCUGAUACAGAGACAGGGGGGUCUUCUGAAUAUAACACUGAAGAUGAAUAUGCGGAUGGCUUUAUUGAUGAUAGUGAUAUUGACACUUAUCCACCUUCACCUGUCCCAAAUAGUGGAGUUGUGAUUGAGGAACUAGUAGAUGAUGAUAAGCCUGAAAGUGGAGAUAAUGCUUCUAAGAAGUCUAAGAAAAAGGUUCAAAUGCCCAACUCUAAGGACAGCAAAAAUUCUCAGCAGCAAAUUGUUGUCAGAGGUGAUAAGGGCCUCCCUCUUAUGGAAAGUGAAGAUGAAGAUGGUUUUCCAAUUUCUGCUUCUCUGAAGGAAGAAGCCAAGGAACAGACACAUGAGAGAACUGAGAAAGCCAAUAAAAGGAAAGUGAAAGAUGAUGAUCAUGCUGCAACAUUGAAACGAAAAGUUGAAGUUGCUGAGAAAUCUGAACAUCUGGGAGGGAAAAAGACGAAGAAAAAGAAGUUGAAAGAACAAGGUAAAGGGGACAGUGCCAAAAUAUCUGGUGAUUAUAAUGAGACCCACGAUACUAGUGCAGGUGGUGAUCAUCCUGAGGAGGCAAAAACAACACCCAGCCUGGAUCAUGUUUCUCAUGCUGAGGAUGAGUGUGAAGGAAAUGUAUCUAAUGAAAAAAUCCUUGGCGAGAAGAAAAUGAAGAAAAAGAAGAAGAAGAAGACCAAGGAUGAAGGGGUAACUGAUGCAAAUCAAACGUCCACAGUUACAAGAAAUCAAGAUAUAUCCACUUCUGAGAGGGUAGAGGAGGAAAUAGAUGUCAAGCCAUCUCAAAUAAGAACCUUCCCAAAUGGGUUAGUUGUUGAGGAGCUAUCCAUGGGUAAACCAGAUGGCAAAAGAGCUACUGCUGGAAAACAGGUCAGUGUUAGAUACAUUGGCAAGCUGCAGAAAAAUGGGAAAAUAUUUGACUCAAAUAUUGGAAGAGCACCCUUUAAAUUUCGUCUUGGUAUAGGGCAAGUCAUAAAGGGUUGGGACGUUGGCGUCAAUGGUAUGAGAAUUGGGGACAAAAGAAGAAUCACAAUUCCACCAUCAAUGGGUUAUGGAGAUAAACGUGCUGGGAGCAUACCUCCAAAUUCUUGGCUCGUAUUUGAUGUUGAGUUGAUCGAUGUUCGAUGAUUUCAGCCACAGAUUUUUCCGUUAGGGCAUGAAACAAGUCCCCUGCAUUUUACACAUUUAGCAUCAUAGGCUCCAAGUGUCAAAUAUUGUGAGUACAAGUUUUGAAUGAGUUUGGAUUGAAGUAGGACUGUCCACAAUAUCAAAAAUAGACCUAUACAGUUUCCCCAACGGUGUUGCAUUUUAUGUUGGAACACAUUCAAAUAGACGUCGUCAGAUUUAACAUUGCAUCACAAGAUGAGUUCUGAGCUAGUCUUGAGGAUUUUUGUGGAAAAAAGCAUCUAUUUUUGUGAAAAACAAAUACCAAUUGUCAUUUUGCUGCUUGAAA